AUGGGAAAGCACGACAAGAAGACAGGUAAAGGGCGGUUGGACAAGUUUUAUAAGCUUGCCAAAGAGCAAGGCUAUAGAGCGCGUUCCGCCUUCAAGCUCAUCCACCUCAAUCGAAAAUACGAUCUCCUAUCCAAAGCGAGAUGCGCCAUCGAUCUGUGUGCAGCUCCUGGAGGAUGGCUACAGGUGGCUGAGAAAUACAUGCCAAAGGGUUCACUUAUCGUCGGUGUAGACUUGAACCCUAUUCGACCUCUUCCUCACGUUUCAACUUUUGUCUCUGAUAUCACGACUCCGCACUGUCGACAACAGCUCAAGCAGCAUCUGCAUGAUUGGAAAGCCGACUUGGUCAUGCACGAUGGAGCUCCGAAUGUCGGUUCAGCCUGGGUCCAAGAUGCUUUCACGCAAAAUGAGCUGGUCCUACAAAGUCUCAAGUUGGCCACCGAGUUCCUAGCAAAAGACGGCAAUUUCGUCACCAAGGUCUUCAGGAGUCAAGACUACAACGCAUUGCUUUGGGUGUUUGGACAGUUGUUCAAGACCGUAGAAGCAACAAAGCCUCCAUCAUCUAGAAACGUCUCUGCGGAAAUUUUCGUCGUGUGCCAAGGUUUCAUGGCUCCAAAGCAUAUAGACCCAAAGUUCUUAGAUCCAAAGCAUGUCUUCAAAGAUAUUGCUCCACUCCCAACCUCGAUCACAGGCGCAUCAUCGGACUCCACUGCUCAAGCAUCCUCUUCACAGCUGCCACAACCCAACAGCCACGCUCACGCCAACGUCUUCAUGCCCGAGAAGAAGCGACGAGCGAGAGAAGGUUACGCAGAUGGAGAUUAUACUCUGUUCCACAAGGCUAGAGCGGAGGACUUCAUCCGAGGAACAGACCCAGUGUCUCUGCUGGGAACGCUGAAUCAGAUCGAGUUUGUCUCUGACGAGGAGAAGGGAUGGCUGAAAUCACGCCACACGACAUCUGACGUUGUAGCAAACUUUGCGGAUCUAAAAGUCUUGGGCAAGGGCGACUUCAAGUUGUUGAUGAAAUGGAGGUUAGCAAUCCGCCUGGAGUACGGCAUCGAUGUCAAAGCGGAUCAGACGGCCGAUGUUACGGAGGAGGUUGUAGUGGAGCCCUUGGACGAGGAAGAGCAGAUCUCCGAGGAGAUGAAACGCAUGGCCGAGGCCAAGACCAAUCGACAAAAGAAGGACCGCAAACGGGCCAACGAGAAGAAAGCCAGGGAGCUGCUCAAACUGCAAUUGAACAUGACUGCCCCAACGGAUCUCGAUGACGAGGAUAGGGCCUUGGCGGGAGGUGAAGAAAUGUUUGACCUCGGAGAAGGCGAACGCGAUGCCAAGCGCAAGGGGGUCAAGGACAUUCAUGAUCAGCUCGAAGACGAAGAUGGCAUGAGUGACGAAGACGACGAGGCGACCACUACGCUCGACGAUGAAGACGAUCAAGUGCUCGACUUAGAAGACGAACGGGAGGCAAAACUUCACGGACUCGAGGAUCAGCUCGACGGCUUAUACGACGAGUACAAGGAGCGAAUGGCGGUACGAGAUGCAAAGUGGAAAGUCAAGCAAGCGCGGAUGAAGGACAGGAAUUUCGAUGCUUGGCAUGGUAUACAGGAAGGAGGAUCUGACUCGGAAGAUGAAAAGUCUCGAAAGAAGGUCUUCCGGAUGGGCAAAGAGGUGAUCGAAGAGGAUGAGCAAGACAGCGAGGAGGGUGGGUGGGACAAGGUGGCAGCUCGGAAAGCUGCAGAUGGGGAUGAGCUGGAUUCGAGUGAUGAGGAGUCAGACGAAGAGCUACAACCGAUCAAGAAGGUCAAGACGGGAGUGAGGUUUGAGCAGGUAGCAGGACCAUCGAGGCACACGCGUCCCACGACGUCCGGACUCGUCACUACGCUUCGUGAAACUCAAGACCGUGCUACUCUGAGUCGACAAGCUCAGCUAUGGUUCGAUCAAUCCGUCUUCAAGGGCAUGGGUGAUUUAGCGGCACUGGACGGUCCAGAGGAGUCAGGGAAGAGUGAGGACGAAGACAUGGACGAGGAUGAGGACAUCGAUAUGGAUGAGAGUGAGGAUCAGGAUGACGUAGAGAACGAGGAAGACGAUGAAGAGGACGAGGACUUAGACUUUGAAAUCGUGCCUCAGGAACCCGAGGACGACGGGCCUACAUGGGAUGUGGAUGAUGAGGACCAGGACGAAGUGAAGAGGAAAAUCAUCAAGGAGAAAGGUCUUCUCACUGCCGAGGCUGUAUCGCUAGCUACGGCUCUCGUGAAUCGCGAAAAGACGGUCAAUCAGCUCGUCGACGAGGGAUUCAAUCGUCUCUCCACAUUCAACAAGGACGGACUCCCGUCUUGGUUCUUGGAUGAUGAAUCCAAAUAUUACAAAGCAAACAUUCCCAUCACAAAAGAGGCUGUCGCUGCUCUCCGCGACCGACAACGUGCGCUGGAUGCUCGUCCAAUCAAAAAGGUUGCCGAAGCCAAAGCUCGUAAAAAGUUCAAGGCCGUUCAACGACUUGAAAAGGCCAGGAAAAAGGCUGAUGGCGUCAUGGAAGCUGAAGAUCUCAACGAAGGUGAAAAGGCUAGACAGGUCGGAAAGAUGAUAGGAAGAGCACACGGAAAGGACAAGAAGGCUCAAAAGAAGCUUGUCGUGGCCAAGGGUGUCAAUAGAGGAGUUAAAGGUCGACCGCGUGGCGUUAAGGGGAAGUACAAGAUUGUAGACGCGAGGAUGCGGAAGGAGGUCAGGGCUGAGAAGAGGAUCAAGAAGGCUUCGAAGAAGAGGCAUUGA